AUGGUGGGAAGCAUGAAGGUUCAGAAGAAACAGAGAAUUGAAAGAGACGAAGACAAAGACGAAGACGACAUAAUAAGCAGUCUACCGGACUGUCUCCUUACCGGCAUCCUCUCCUAUCUCCCAAUACGAGACUCUGUUGCAACAAGCGUUUUGUCCAGCAGGUGGAGGCCUCUCUGGACUCUUGUCACCAUUCUUCACUUGGACCAGAAUAAAACUUCUACAACAUCAGAUCAUACUUCUAGUUUCACGGAAAUUGUGUCAAGGAUCUUUAUUCUUCGCAAUACAGUUCCCAAUCCCGCGCCUAUACACGAGUUGCACAUCCGUUGGCACAAAAAUUGUCUUCCACUCCAUGUUGACACAUGGAUCCACGCCACCUUUCGGCAUAGUGUGAAAGAGCUUGAUCUCUCCAUAAAUACUCAUCCUAAUCAACCUUUGGAGUUGCCCCAGAGUUUCUACUUUUGUUCAACAUUAAGGGUUCUCAGAUUAAGUGGUGACAUUCUUCUCAAUCCUCCUCCUCAAGCCUCAUGA